CAAGACAGGAGACUUGACGUACUGAAGCCAUGUUUCUACUCGUUCUAUUCGCAGGGUUUUUCAGCUACACCUUGAGUGUGGAUCGUCAGUAUGUUUUUGUGAAUGAAUCCAAGACUUGGGCAGAAGCUCAGAGAUACUGUAGAGAGAAAUACACUGAUCUGGCCACCAUUGAGAAUCAACAGCAGACGGUUCAGUUAAUUGACACAAUAAAUGAUGGUUCCAUUGAUUUGGCCUGGAUUGGACUCUAUGAUGAUCUGGACAGUUGGAAAUGGACACUAGAGGACAGUGAUUUCUUCAAGACUGGAGAGAAAAACUUCAGGAACUGGAAUAACCCAGGACCAGACAAUUCAGGAGGACACCGUUUGUGUGUUUUAAUGUCCAGUGGGAUAUGGCAAACAACAGGCUGCUCUGGUUCUUAUUAUCGUGCUAUCUGCUAUGAUGGAAGAGAAAAUGCCAGUGCUACCUAUGUUGUGGUUAACCAGUACCAAACCUGGACUGAAGCUCAGAGUUACUGCAGAGAACAUCACACAGACCUUGUCAGUAUCAGGAGUAAGACUGAAAACAAUAAGAUGCAAUAUUUAUUACAGACGUUUCUUCUUUAUGAAACUUGGAUUGGGCUGUACAGAACCAGAUCUUGGUCAGAUCAUAGCAACUCUUCAUUUACGUACUGGAAAACAGGACACCCAAAUACUGCCGAAUUCUGCACUGUAGCUUCAUUCAGUGACUCUGGAAAAUGGGAAGAUAAAUACUGCAAUAAUGUAUUCACUUUCUUUUGUUAUAGCACAUUAUCAUCAUCACGCCAGUAUCACUUUGUGAAUGAAUCUAAGACCUGGACUGAAGCUCAGAGAUACUGCAGACAGAAUUACACUGAUCUGGCCACCAUUGAUAACAUGGAGGAAAUGAACAGGCUGAUUAACACAGUUAAUGGGAGUUACAGCGGCUCAGCCUGGAUUGGACUUUAUGAUGAUGUGAACAGCUGGAGAUGGUCACUGGAAGACAAUGAUUUCUAUCAGGAAGGAGAGAGAGAUUUCAGAAACUGGCGUCAUGAACCAGACAAUUCUGGAGGGAACGAUCUGUGUGUUUACAUGGAUUAUGAUGGGAAAUGGUUUGAUAUGUCAUGUGGUUUUGGAGCAAUGAAUUAUAUUUGCUAUGAUGGUAGAGAGAAUGCUACACAGAGUUACAUCAAAAUCAAUGAUUGGAAAAACUGGACAGAGGCUCGUAGAUACUGCAGAGAUCAUUACACAGAUCUCGUCAAUGUGAGAAAUCAGACUGAGAACCAGAGAAUCUUUGAGGCAACGGGUGGAAGAGUCUGGAUUGGACUCUACAGAAACAGAAUUUGGUCUGACCAUCAGUUUAGCAGUUACCAAAAUUGGAGGCCUUACACUUUUGACUCUGUGGGACAGCCAGAUAAUGGUGAAGGUUAUGCUCAAACAGCUGUGGAAAAACGUGGUUUUCAGCACUGUACUGCUGUAUCAUUCAGCCAUUCAGGUCAAUGGACAGAUGAGGUCUGUGUAUCCAGUAUGCCUUUCUUCUGCUAUAGCAGAAACUGCACACAAUCUUCAUGUGCCCGUCAGUAUCACUUUUUGUCUGAAUCUAAGACCUGGGCUGAAGCUCAGAGUUACUGCAGACAUAAUUACACUGAUCUGGCCACCAUUGAUAACAUGGAGGAAAUGAACAGACUCAUUAAAACAGUACGUGGGACUUACUAUGGCUCAGCUUGGAUUGGUCUAUAUGAUGAUCUGAACAGCUGGAGAUGGUCACUGGAUAAUACAGCAUUAGAUGGAAGUUACAAAAGAUGGUAUGUUUCGCAACCACUGAACUCAGGUGGACAGAAUCUAUGUGCAUACUUAUCAAACUCCCAGGGUAUAUGGAGUGAAACUUCAUGCUCCUCUAGACUUCCUUUUGUUUGCUAUGAUGGAAGAGCGAAUGCUAGUACAAAUUAUGUGUUUCUUUACCUGUCUAAUACCUGGACUGAAGCUCAGAAAUACUGCAGAGAGCAUUACACAGACCUCGUCAGUAUCAGGAAUAAGGCUGAAAACUACAGGGUUCAGACAUUACUUUCAUAUUAUUCAGUUGUUUGGAUUGGACUGUACAGAACCAGAUCUUGGUCAGAUCAGAGCAACUCUUCAUUCAGUAACUGGAGGACAGGACAGCCAGAUAAUGCUGGAUACAGUGAAUACUGCACUGCAGUGUCAUUCAGUGACUCUGGGAGCUGGACAGAUGAGAACUGCAACACUGCAUUACCUUUCAUUUGCUACAGUGGACUGGCAUCAUCCCGUCAGUAUCACUUUUUGUCUAAGAAUAAGACCUGGACUGAAGCUCAGAGAUACUGCAGACAGAAUUACACUGAUCUGGCCACCAUUGAUAACAUGGAGGAAAUGAACAGACUGAUUAACACAGUUAAUGGGAGUUACAAUGGUUCAGCUUGGAUUGGACUGUAUGAUGAUGUGAACAGCUGGAGAUGGUCACUGGAAGACAACGAUUUCUAUCAGGAAGGAGAGAGAGAUUUCAGAAACUGGUAUCAUGCACCAGACAACAGAGGAGGGAACGAAAUGUGUGUUGUCAUGAAUGGUGAUGGGAAAUGGAGUGAUUUACCAUGUGACAAUUACUUCACAUUUGUCUGCUAUGAUGAUAGAGUAAAUGCCUCUGAAAAGUAUGUUUUGGUACGUGACAGCAGAACGUGGACUGCAGCUCAGAGCUACUGCAAAGAGAAACACACAGACCUGGCCAGUGUGAGGAAUGAGGCAGAGUAUCAGCACAUACUGAAUAUUACAAGUGGUUGUGUUUAUGGCAAUUGUUAUGUUUAUACUGUAUGGAUCUGUCUGUAUAGAAACAGACUGUGGUCAGAUCAGAGCAGCUCUUCCUUCACAUACUGGCUCCCAGGGGCUCCAGUGGAUUACGAACAACCAGAUAAUGGUUUAAAUGCCCUAGGAAUGUUUGGAUCUCAACACUGCACAGCUGUGUCUUUAAAGAAAUUUGGCCAGUGGUCAGAUGAGAGCUGCUUUGUCAGUUUGCCUUUCUUCUGUUACAGUGCAUUUCGACCUAAGUUUUCAGAUGAGUACGUGAUGGGAAUGCAAGUGAAAGUUACAAGUUUGGAAAGUUUGUCUCAUUCCCAGAUUGAAGAGCUUGUGAUUAUACAGUUACAAGAACAGCUGGUCAGACUUGGACUUCCUAACAACGUCACCAUGCAUUUGAGAGGCUACCGUAAGAUCAAUCCCUGAUAGAGGAUGACAACACUUUCUAUUUUCUAAUAUUUACUUACUAAAGCAUGAAAUACUAUAAUCUCUUUUAAAAUGAAUGUUACAUGAGUAUACAGUGCUAUAGAGCUGUACACAGCUUAAGCAAGACAUUUUGUAAAGCAAAGCAGGUUAAACAAUUACAUAAUAGUCAUUAUACUAAUUCUUUUUUAUGUAAGUAUGUUAUUUUGCUCUGAAUAUGAAAUCAUAAAAAAUGUUAA